AUGAAGGGAGAAUUUGAAAACAUGACAAGUAAUGCAACGAUAGUAAAUAUGACAACUCUCAACUCGACAACCCCACAAGGCGACCAAAAUUGCUCUAUUUAUACCGAUGCUGCAGAAGUCUUUAAAAUUAUUGGCUACGUUGUUAUUAUAACGCUGUCAUUGGCUGGCAAUACCACUAUUGUCGCUCUUUUCGCGAGAGGGAGACAGCAGAAAACACUAGAUCCUUUUAUCAUCAGCAUCGCUGUGUCUGAUCUUCUCAUCCCUUUUUUUGCCGGGGUCCGUGAGCUGAAUGGCUUGGUCCUGCAAUCAUAUGCAUGGCAAGUUCAAGGGACCACUGGUGAUGUCUUAUGCAAGAUUUGUUCCUUCAUGACAGAGAUUUCACCAAUGAUUUCCAUUCUGAGUUUGUGCUGCAUCACUGUGUAUCAGUAUAUAUUGGUAACCUUUUCUAUUACGAAGCAUAACGCGAUGAAACACACCCAACACGGGGAAAGGAUCGUCACUUGUGUUGUUAUUGGAUUUAUCUGGCUCGUAGUGAUCGCCUUCAACGCUCACAUCUUCCACACGUAUAAACUUUAUCGGAUUAGAGAUAAGUAUUACUGCGAUGGUCCCUUCUUUGAGAAGCAAGAAACCCACCGUUCCUAUCUUAUAGCUACGUUUAGUAUCUUCUUUGCUUUUCCUUGUGUCUUGAUAACUAUUCUUAACACCUUCGUGGCGUACAAGGUUYGUAAACAACUGAAGACCUCUGCCUCAUCGUUUCCACAAUGGCGUCGCAGCCUUAGCCAGAAGCAAAAGCGAAACCAAAUAAUGGUAGUCCUUAUGAUUUUUGUCUUUGCAGUUUGCUGGGGUCCGCUUGGUGUCACCGUUUGGUUGUACACUUUUCAUGUGUUUAGAUUUCCUACUGAUACCUGUUCAUAUGCUGCGUUUCAUUUUGUAUCCUUAUUUAUGGCGUACAGCAACGCAGCGAUAAAUCCUUGGAUCUACUUGUUUUUCUUCGUCUUUUCUGAACGCAGACGCCCAGCCAGGCAAUCGCGGUUGUCGAACCCCUUCGCCUCAUCCAUGGUACGAAAGAGAAGAGUUGCGCCUUCUAACACUAUUGAAACUAAAACCUAA